UCCUGCUACGUCAAUUUUUCGAUUGUACUGUUCUUGACAAUUCUUGUCAACACACAUGAAUAAAGGAAAAGUUUCCUCAAUAACACCCGUCUCUGUCUAUUUAUUCGAAAACUUUCCAUUUAUCUAUUACUAUGUAACGUGAUAAAUACAUCGCGAGGCAAUGAACUUUCAAACAAACGACGAUUAUUUACUCCAAAUAGUUUCUUUUAUUCUCCAUUCCAAUUGCCUCGAUAGUUAUAUAUAUUCCGUUGAAUCAUCCAUCGGUGUACCACUGUGUUGUUACCAAUGCAUAAUAUCGGAAUGAUCGAGUGAAUAUUGCCAUCAGUGAAAUUAUGUCUAUAUCUAAUUGAACAACUAAAUUUUUUUUUUCAUUUCAUUACUAACAUUAAACAAUGUAUAAGUACGACGAGGAAAUGUCAAUUGAAUAUUUGCCAGCAACGGCAUACACUCAAUUGGUUAAAGAAUUAAGCAACGAAUCAGCUUGGAAGCUGCUUGCGGAAAAUGUGGCCGAACACUUGGAGAUUGUCGGAGCAUCAUGGUUAAAUACUCUGGAGGACAGUGGAAACUCGUCAAAAAAAUCUGCAGAAAAUCUGCUCUUCCAACUGAAUACAAGAAUGUGCACUGUCGGAAUUCUCAGUACUUUGCUGGAAGAUUGCAAUCUAUUGGGAGCUCUUUCGAUUCUACGCCAACCAGAACCUUUGAUCAUCGAGCAGCAGCCUAAUGCUUCGGGAGAUAUUUUGGAAGUAGCUUUAGGUACAACUUUGAAGCUCAUUUGCAGAGCCAAAGGAUUGCCGCCACCGAAAUAUGCCUGGUACCACAAUAACACUAAACUGGAGAACCGAACGAGCGAAGAAUUGAGCAUAAAAAUUGAGAAUGUAAAUCAACAAGGCGAAUACCGAUGCAAGGUAUUACAAUUUGAGAUUGACGGAACGAGAAUGAAUAAAAAAUUAUCGUCAAUCGUUUACGUGAGAAUGAAACCAACUCGAAUAGAAAUAGAAAAACAACCAAUUCCAUUCCUCGAAGUACGGAAAGGCGAUAGCUUCACACUCGAUUGCCUUGUAAAAUGUCAUCCUGUUCCAAAAUAUCAAUGGUUUCGUGACAACACGAAAUUGGAGGGUCAAAACACAAAUGUGCUUCGAUUCGAUAAAUUUGACUCGAAACACGAAGGGAAAUACCAUUGCUACAUCACCAAUGAGGUCAGCGAAGCUUGUACUCAAAGAAGCAACGUUAUCAUCGAUUUGCCACGGGAGAAAGCUGUGGCAAAAAUAGCACUAUUAAUUGCCAACGAGGAUUACGAGCAUCAAGAAAAAUUGGGAACGCCCAAAAACGAUGUUACCAAACUUGCUCAUAUUCUCGAAGAAAUAGGAUUCAAAGUCGUUUGUUUAUUAAAUUUGAAUGCCAUACAAAUGCGGAAUGCUAUUCGCGUUUUUUGUUCGGCUCUAAUCGAAGGAGUUUACGGUGAUUUACGAAUUUUGCAAAGUUUUCAAACACGCCACCAAAUUCUAAUUGACAAAUACAUUUUUCAUCAAGCGAACAGUAAAAAUCUCAUUUUUCCUUUUUCAGGUUUUUUCUAUUUUGCUGGUCACGGUUUUAAGAUGCAGGAAAGUUACAUGCUCCCAAUCGAUGCACCAAAGUCUUACUUGAGACGCGACGCAGUUUGCGAGAGCGAAUUAUUGGCAAUUUCGUUGUCAACCGAUCCAGCACUUUUGGUUGUCGUGCUGGACACUUGUCAAACUGUUCCUCCCAAAGAAUGUAAUCCAGAAAUUCACGCCGAAAUACCGAAAGUAAAUGAGUACGGAAGUGGAAAAAAUUUACGCAAUUUGAUCCAGGCCUAUUCGACUUCGAGUCAUCGACCGAGUUACGAAAGACAGAGCAACGAAUGUGGAUUGUAUCUAACCCAUCUGAGUAAAUAUAUCACGCGGGAUAUGAUCGUACAGAAAGUCUUUGAAGAGACCGCGAAAUCAAUUGACGUCUGGUUCAAGGGGAAAGAACGCAAUCAAAUACCAAUGUUUGCUCUCACAGUCACGAAGCCUUUCCGACUCACCGACGCAAUGUACCAUAAAACGCCACCUCCAGCUGUUCAAAGAUUGAUCAAAUCGGUAGAGUUCCCAACAAAAAGUUUAGAGGUCAUUUUCCAACAAGCGGGAGUUCGAUAUACAGCGAAACUGGGCCAAUACGCCAAACCUUUCUUGAAUAGUAUGUUCGUCACGAUAUGUGAUGUGACCAAUUAUACGGUCAAUUUCCACAAUUCCGUGCCGAUGAAACGGAUCAAUUUGUUCAAGAGUGCAAGCAAGGAUGAGUGCUGGUUGCUCAAUCCCCAAAGUUCUAAGGGACCAAUCGUCGUUUCGCUGGAAAGAAACGGAAAACCUGUGAGUGCAAUCCUGCUACCGGUUGUUGAUCACGUGCCAGCUUUUUUGCGUCAGUUAGAUAUUACAGUGACAGACACAAAAGUGUGAUACGUCUUUGUAUUUGUGAAUACUUCUUCUUUUUCCCUUUUUCUUUGUUUACUUGUUAAACAGAAAAAUCAUCGGCGUAAAAGGC